AUGAUGGUCUCCACUGAUUUUUCUCCGCUGUUGAGCACGGAAAAGUUGAGUCUAGUGCCAAUCAAUCUCAACGAUUCUGCUCAACAUGCCGAGUUCAAACAACAACGAGUCGUCUGCGGCUGGGAUUACUCGGAUGAGGCUCUGCAAAUGUUCAUCGAAAAUCAGGAGAAGAGGCUCAAAUCCCUGUUCUGGAUUAUGAUCCAGCAGAAAGUGCAGGCCAAUGGCAAACAAGAGAAUGCCGGCAAUGCCGUGUCACCAUCGCCUACUUUAUUUACUAUCCGAGCAGGCCAUAUAUCUCUUGACUCUUAUACCGAGCCUGCGGAUCCUGAGAUUGCUCUUGAAGAUAGGUCAAUUAUGACUGUUCAAACAUUCUUCAUCCUGCCUGAAUAUCGAACUGGGGGAGUGGGACGGGCGGCAAUGGAUCUAGUCGAGGUGCUAGUAAUGCAGGAACCAUAUGGAAGUCCUCACUGCCAUACACUUGCCUUGACUACUGUUAGUAAGAAGCAUAUAGAAAUCGAUACCCCUGGAUGGAGAGGUAUUUGGAAAAAAUGUGGCUUGGAUGUGCCUCCAUUUAGCAACGAAAUCUGGUAUGAAAAGCUGGGUUAUGUCUAUUGGAAGGAAGAGCCAAGAUACAGCGCCGUGGGGCUCGAUGGCUCACCUUUACACAUCAUUGCUUCUUUUAUGCGCAAGAAACUUCGAUGA